AUGAGUUCAAAUUCCGUAAACGCCCUUCCCGUGGCCCAAAAUUCCGACCAUCUGAAUAAGCUUUCCCGGAAAAGGAAAAUCCGAGACGGUGAUUAUGCCGCCGAGUCGUCGGCGGCGAAAAAGGUCGUCGGAAACUCAUUUUCCGUACCUAAAUUCCUGAGGGAAGUGUUCACGGAAGAGUUAGGUCAGGCCAGUGGCGGCCGCCGCCGCCACUGGCUGCUGGUUCUCGCCGUCCACGCAGUUAUGCUGGAUUCCGGUUUUCUAGAGUUCGAUAAGAAAUCGAAAAAAGUAGUUCGUGGUUUCGGCUUCCACUCUCGUGGCGAUUUGCCUUCGGAUCUGUCUCUGUUCUACACCCCGGUGCCACGUGGCGCAUUCGCCGAAAACGUCAUCGUCGUUUUGAAAUUCCAGCCCUUGGGGAAAUUCAUGACCGUUUACGGAGCAUUGGAUAACGGAUCAUCGAAAAGAAGCACGUACUCGGUGCAACUAAACGAGGAUCGAUUGGUUCCGUUUCUGAAAUUCGUAUGGGCUGAUUGCGAAUUAGACGGAGGGCUUUCAAACACAUCUCCGGAAAAGGAGGUGUCGAAAUUUUGGAUUGACGUGAAGGAUAAACUCGUAUCGCCUUUGUUGAUUGAUUCGUACAAAAAAUCCGGUUUGGAAUACCUACCUUGCUUUACGAGCCUACCGGCGGAUCUCAAGUUGAAUAUAUUGGAGUGUUUAUCUGGUGUUGAUUUAGCUCGAGUGAGCUGUGUGAGCUCCGAAUUGAGGAGUUUAGCCUCGACCGACGAGCUGUGGAAAUCGAAGUAUGUGGAGGCGUUUGGCGAUUUGGAUGUUUUGAUGUUUGAGAAUUGGAAAAGCGCGUUUGUUCAUAUGCGGGACUUUGUUAGUUUUAAGCCGAUUACACAGUCGUGUUUGCUGCAGCCUCCUUUCGAAUGGGGAUAUUGUUAUAAUCAUCAACCGCCGCCACUGAUGCCGCAACUGUUUAAUGUGCAACUACCUCUAUGGAUGCAGAAUUUUCACAAUUAUGGUCCAUGGAUAUAG